GUCGGUUGCUAGGCGCCGCGAGACCCGGGCUCCUGGGAGCAGAAAGCGUAACGCGGGUUGUAGUCACGUCGAAUUCUGGGAAGGAAGAUGGACGGCUCCGAAGAGGAAGAGGAAAAACUUUCUUCUUCCAGUGAGUCGGAAGGCGAGUAUGACGCCGAUGCUGAAGAAGCUGAAGGGGAAUCAGGAUCGGAACCAGAGAACCCAGAGGACCCUGUUUAUGCCAUGGCGCCAACGGUCAACAUUCAAGACGAAAGUGCCAUUGAUGUUGAGUCCUGCCCUGCGUUUGUGUAUCUUAAUGAGCUGUUUUAUGAAGGAAAAAUCCCUGGAACAAGAUUGGCUGAGUUGAAGGCAAAAUACACCAUGUUACAUGAUACUCUAGUAAGUUUACAGGAAUCAGAGAUUCAGCUGCUGCAGGAUGCUAAACGUUUUACGGUUAAGCUGGAGGACCAGCAGCAGGCACUGGAAAAAGCCGAGCAGUUCCCAGAGGACGCCACUUCAGAGGUCUCUAAACUGAGGCAGCAGUACCUGAGAUACUUCAACGAGUACAACGCCAUUCAAGAGAGAGAGUUUGAAAUUCAGUAUAAGCUGAAUAGUUUACUAGAAGACAAGAAAUUAAUUGAAAAGGACUAUCGCAAAGUUCCCAAAGCUUCUGAUGCGGACAAGAAAAUCAAAGCCUUGAGGGACAGUUGCGAAGACCUGCGUAAAGAAACAACACAGAGAAGGCUAGAAAUCAAACACCUGAAAGAUGAUCUCUUUGCGAGGCACAAACGUCUCGCAAAGGAGCACAAAGAACUGGAAGAACUAUUUCGAAAACAAGAAGAACUAAAGGAUGAACUCGUCCGUCUCCAAGCCAUUCCGAUUCAGCUCGGAAAAGAUAUGGAAAAAAUAAGCCGCCGAAUGCAAGACAUCGAGAAAAGGAAACUCUCACUUCAGGAAGAAGCGCAAGAACUUCUGGAGACGUCCAAAAAAAUGGAGACCAAGAGCACGGAGACCAUGGCGGAGAAAGAAGACGCCAUCAAAGAGGUCGAAGGGAAGAAAGCGCUGCUCGAGAUCAAAGAGCGAGAAUUCAACACUCAGACCAAGGUGCACGAGAUUAAUAAAGAGAACGAAGGCACCGCCAUUUCAGAGAGGGGCCAAUUAGAAAUGGGUUUUCGCAACAUGUCGAAUUUGAAACAGAAACUGCAUGAUACUCUGUGUCGGAUGCAAAGAGAGAAGGAGAAGGACUUGCGCACCUUUAAAAAGAUGGAAAUGCAGCUUAAAAUCGCGCACGAAAGCCUGGCACAAGUUCAGUCGCGUCACGAAAGAAUGCUUUUAGAGUUAGAUGCUGUCCCUAAAGAGGACGGGGCAAUCUUAGAGAGGCGAAGGGAGCUUCAGAGAGAAGUGGAAAUGGCGAAGCGAAACCUGACUCAAGAGAAAACAUCCACCGAUUCCGAAUUGCGGCUUCUCGAUCAGUGCAUCGCUGAGGAAGACCAACUUAUUGGGGCUCAGGAGCAUUACAGGGAAGAGUUCAAUAACUUGAUCCGUAUGACCCAGCUCAAGGCGGAUGAGAGGGAACAAAAAUCAAAGGAUUUCUUGAAAGCUCAGGUGCGUCUGAAUAACAUUAUUGCAGAAAUAAAAACGAAAGACUUUGAAAUUAGGGAGCACACAAAGAAACAGAGAGAAAUUCAGAGACAGAUGAAAGAAUUUGCCAAACUGUACGACGUCGUGCGACACGAGAGAAACAAGCUGGUGAACCUCGUACACUGCGCUCGCCAGAAAACCAACGAAAUUAAAGACAAAGUCAAAAUGCUGGAUAAUGAGAUGGAAAUCCUAAGGAACAAUGCUGUAAUUAAAGAGAGAAAACUGCAGAAAUAUCAGAUGAAGUACGCCAACAACGUCGCGAUCAAGGACAGCAUUCAGAGCGAUGUUUGCAAGGUUUAUCAGACCGUCCAGGAUAUGAAGGAGAAACGGGAGCAGCAACUGAUGGACGUCGAACGGCUGACCAACACGCUCACCCGGAUUGAGGAAGAAAUGGUCCAGUUGCGUAAGACGUACGAGAAGGCUGUCCAGAGACGAAAUGAAAGUGGCGUCCAGCUCAUCGAGCGCGAAGAGGAAGUGUGUAUUUUUUACGAAAAGAUCAACAUUCAGGAAAUGAUGAGCCGAAACGGCGACAUCGAGAUCAAUGUGAUGGAUGAGAAAAUACGCUAUCUCAAACUGAAGAUAAUCGAGAAGAAGAGGCAGAUUGAAUUAUCCGUCAAAAUGUUGCCGACCAAGAGGACUCUCGAUGCUGAUUUAGUGGUCCUUCAAAUUCAGUUUUCACAGUGCAAGGACAAAAUUAAAAGCCUGGAGAAGCAAUUUACUGACCCAGAUCGAGAAAACCGAGUAAGAGCGUUGCCUGGGAAGGACCCCUCCGUUCAAGAGCUCUUCAAAAAGAUAGAGGAGUUGGAAAUUCAUCUGACUCGGAAAGAGGAAAGACUGCUGGAAAAGGACUUUAUUUUUGAGCAAGUUUCCCGGAUGACGGAGAAAAUUAGCGUCAAGGCAGAAAACGGCAAGGAGGAGACAUUAAUCCUGGCUAAAAAAAUGAACGUGCUGCAGGAGAAAAUAAAGAGCACCACCCAGAAGAUCAUGGCUCUCAUUGCGGAGCUCUCCAUGCAUCAGGCCAUCGCCAUUAAGCUGCAGCAAGAGAUGCGGGACAAAGAGCAGACCAUCCAUUGUGUCGUCUCCCGCCUGGCGAAAGGUCUUCCUCCGCCAAGAGAAAUCGAACAGGACUGGCUCAGGGUGCUGCGGGAUGAAAAAAUGCACGAGAUAGCCAGCGAAGCCAGAGCGAAACAGGCCCUAGAAGAAGAACAGGCUGCCUUGCCAACUGCCAUCCACACUACGGCUGAGCAGCGUCCCAACGCCUACAUCCCCGAUGACGAAAACGUCCUCCCGCUACCGAGGCCUUACGGGGCGCUGGCGCCGUUCAAACCGAGCGAGCCCAGCGCCAACAUGAGACACAUCAGGAAGCCAAUCGUGAAACCGAUCGAAAUCUGAGUGGCUCAAGCUCUGUUGAAGGAGAACAUUUCUCGCUCCGAGAAACGGUUUAUUUUUCAUUCGACUAAAAGAAGUUUUCGGGAUGAUAACGGGCGGGCAGGAAAAUGUAUGGCUUCAUAGGUCAAGAAAUGUUUUUGUUUUCUUGAAAGUUCCAGAAAUAUGUAAUGAAAUAAAGGUUGGGGAAAAAAUAUUGAAAAAUGUUUGCAGUUUGUUGUUGUUAGCUGUGAAAUCGUGUCCAACCCAUCACAACCCCAUGGACAACGUUCCUCCAGGCCUUCCUGUCCUCUACCAUCCUCUGGAGUCCAUUGAAGCUCAUGCUGACUGCUUCAGUGACUCCAUUCAGCCACCUCGUUCUCUGCUGUCCCCUUCUUCUUUUGCCCUCCAUCAUUCCCAGCAUUAGGCUCUUCUCCAGUGAGUCCUUCUUUCUCCUUAGGUGGCCAAAGUAUUUGAGUUUCAUCUUCAGGAUCUGGCCUUCUAAAGAGCAGUCAGGGUUGAUCUUCUCUAGGACUGACUGGUUGGAUCGCCUUGCAUGCCGUUUCUCAUAGUGUGGCAAAUACCGUCGUCAUUACUACACGUUUCUGCAUUUGGAAUUAAAACAUUUAACACAAUAUUUGGAAGGUUUAGCUAUCGUAAAGUCAUCCACGCUGUGUUAUGAUUUCAACUUCCAUACUGUGAUGACCCUGAGCACGGCACAGAGGUAACACAGGCAGCAGGCAGUUCAAACUUCCCCUUUAUUGCUCCAAAUUUCCCCCAAAUGCUCCUACCUUUCUGGCAAGUCCCAGAGCAAAAUGAUGACACACACACACCUACCUCCAGCAGCCUCUAUCUGCAAAUAGUCCAGCCCAACGCUGGGAGCGCUGCAACGCUGCAAAGCAAAAAAUCCAGCAGGGCAAGUUGAUGAGUCCAGGAAGCAGAAGAGCAAGGCAAUUAAUCCAGAAAGAAUGCAAGGAAUCCAGGGAAGUCCAAACGUCGGCACUCAACACUCCAUGAAUUCAGCGUUUGUUCCUGACAAAUGACCCUCCCCACAGUCUCAGUCCCCAGGUGUGCCUUGUGAAGAGGGGCAAGGUGCUCUCCUCCCAAGUAGGGUCAAUCUGCGCUGUUCUCGCCUUCUCUCCACUCUCCGUGCUCGAGGAUGAGGAGCGGGUGGUCCUUCCUCUGAACAUGAGCUCUGUCUCUCAUGUUCGCUGCUUAGCCUCUCUUGGUCAUCCUGCCCCCAUUCCUCCCUGCCUACAAGCCAUCCCAAUUCUGAAAGGCCCAGGCCUGCCUCGGCCUGCUCCUCCCCAUUUUCCUCUGAAGCCAACGAAGCUGCCCCCUCAAUCUCCAUCGGCAUGACACAAAGUCAUUUAUAAACAUGGAUUAAUUUUCAGCUUCUCCUUACGUGCAAAGCCGUAGGAGACUCUUUCAGUGCAUAAGUAAACAUCUCAAGCAGAGUGAGGCUGUGCAUUAAACACUUCAUAAAUCUUAAUAUUCGUAUCAAGGAUGGAAACUUCACUCCGCAGCGGUUAGAGAAAUGUUAAAAUUUAAAUAGAAAAGGGACAAAAGAAAAGAACAUUGGAAGUCAAAAGGUUAAAGAUGCUGAGCUGGUCAGCUGACAGCCUGGGUUUGAGACCUGAGCAUGCAGGACAGGGUGAGUUCCCGUUCCUUGCUCCAGCUCCUGCCCAACCUAGCAGUUUGAAAGUAUGCAAAUGCGAGUAGAUAAAUAGGUACCACUUCAGUGGGAAGGUAAUAGUUUUUCAUGCACUUUGGCAUAUAGUUACGCUGGCCAAAUGAUCAUGGAAGCAUCUUCGGACAAUGCUAAGAAAGGGAGAUAAGUGAGUAGAGUCAGACACAAUUGAACAGGGGAAACUUUUACCUUUACCCCUU